AAGACCUCAUUUUAUCAAUAACAUUACACCAACAACAGCAAGAAAUUAACCAUGGACGGUUCACUCUCUUCUGAUCCUGAAGCAAAUACUUCAAGCUCCAAUGGCAGAAAAAAGGGCAACUGGAUUACCUUCCCUUUUAUCGCAGGGGCUAUGGCUGGAAUGACAGUUGCUGUUGGAGGAUAUUUAGCAGACCUGAUUGUAUAUCUGAUUAAAGAAUUUAAUUUCAAGAGCAUUGAUGCUGCUCAGGUGUUUAAUGUUGUUAAUGGUGCUAGCAAUUUAUUUCCUAUAGUUGGAGCUAUACUUGCUGACUCUUUCUUCGGCAAUUUCUCUGUUAUUGCUCUAUCUUCUUGUGUCUCUUUUCUGGGACUGGUUCUAGUUGUCUUAACUGCAAUUUUCCGAACCUUAAGGCCAACGCCUUGCCAGGUCGAAUCGACUCUAUGUCAGGCUCCAUCAGGAUUCCAGUACACAAUCCUAUACGGAUCUUUAAUUCUGACAUCAAUAGGGUUCGGAGGAACACGAUACACUUUAACGACAAUGGGAGCAAAUCAAUUCAAUAAACCCGAAGAUCGAAACACUUAUUUCAACUGGUUUUUCUUCACUUUAUACUUAGCCUCAGUUAUUGCCGCAACCGCCAUUGUUUAUAUAGAAGAAAAUGUUGGCUGGGCAGUUGGAUUUGGAGUUUGUCUGGCUGCUAACUUUAUUGCUUUAGCUUUGUUUCUGACGGGAAAUCGAUUCUAUCGACAUGAAAAACCCGGAGGAAGUCCGUUUUCGAGCUUGGCUCAAGUUGUUGUCGCUACCGUGAAGAAGAGGAAGGUUAUGUUAUCGUCUAGAAGUGAGGAUUAUUACCAUGGAAACGAUGUGAAGGUGAAAGAAGUGUCUGGUUCAGUGACUAAGAGCUUCAGGUUCUUCAACCGAGCAGCAAUGAUAACCGAAGGCGACGUAAAACCAGACGGAACAAUCUCGAAACCAUGGAGAAUUUGUUCAGUUCAGCAAGUAGAAGAUUUCAAGACACUAAUCAGAAUCUUCCCAGUUUGGUCAUCUAGUAUUUUCUUAGCCACUCCCAUCGGAAUGCAAACCAGCCUCACCAUUCUCCAAGCUCUAGCAAUGGACCGUCACAUCGGUAAACAUUUCCAAAUUCCGUCUGGCUCCGUCAUUGUCAUAGUUCUUUUCACAGCCACCGUCUGUCUCUCCGUUAUCGACCGUUUCUUUGAACCCUUCUGGCGGUUCCUAACUCGAAAAACUCCAACUCCAUUUCAACGAAUCGGAGUUGGCCACGUGUUUAACGUGCUAAGUAUGGCUGCUUCCGCUGUAGUAGAGUCAAGAAGGUUAAGAAAAGAUGAUACUGAGGCAUUAAUGCCGGCGUUAUGGCUGUUUCCGCAGCUGAUUUUGGUCGGAAUCGGAGAAGCGUUUCAUUUUCCGGGACAAGUUGCUUUGUAUUAUCAGGAAUUUCCUAUCUCAUUGCGUAGUACAUCAACGGCUAUGAUUUCUUUGAUCAUAGGGAUAGCAUUCUAUUUAAGCACGGCUUUGAUUGAUGUUCUUAGAAGGGUAACGGAUUGGUUACCGGAUAAUAUUGAUGAUGGAAGAGUUGAUAAUGUGUAUUGGGUUCUGGUGGUGAUCGGAGUGGCUAAUUUUGGGUAUUAUCUGGUUUGUGCUAAGUUGUAUACUUAUCAAAAUGUUCAUGAUGUUGUUAAGGAGAGUGGUGCUUUAGUUUCUGAUAAGUGAUGGAGGAGACAAAUUAAGGAAACAAAUAAAUUCAAUAUUUAAAUAA